AUGAAAAAGAUAAAGUUUGAAUUGAACGUUACUGACCGUUCCCUCUCUUCUCAGGUGGACUUGGGUUUCCUCCGGUUUGUUUCGGCCAUCGGAACACAGGGGGCCGUUUCCCAGGAGACCAAGAAAACCUACUGGAUCAAGUCCUACAAGGUGGACGUCAGCUCUAACGGAGAAGACUGGAUCACACUGAAGGAGGGGUCAAAACAGAAGGUAAGAGAGAUUACUCCUCACCCACUCUGUACCCCACUGCCCACCUCUAAGAUUGCAAGGUGUCAUAAGCACAUCAACUUUUCCUAUACUUCAGCACUGUAUGUAUUACUGGAGAAGUAGCAGUAGUAAUAGAAUAGUAUAGUAAAAGCAGAAGACAUGACCAACCAGACCCAGUACUUUAAAUAGCCAGUCAUGUUUAAACUAAUAGUCAGCCAGAGUUGAAUUAUGGUCUCCUCCUUAAUAUUGGCUUGGAACUCUGCCUCAGCCACACCAUAGCUCAACAAAAGGGGAAUGCCCCUGGUCUGGUCUGUGUUCUGUUCUGUCUGUGUAGAACAAACAUUUUCCCACAAUAAUAUUAUGUGCUUAGCAUGGUAUGCUAUUACACACAACGUUGUGUGAGAGAGACUGUAUUUACAGUGCAGUGCUACUGCCUGUCUUAUAAAGAGACUACAGUAAGUCGGCAGGAGGCAGUAGUCAUUUAGUGAGGGCUGGAUGAAGUCAUUGUUUACUGUGUGUCAGGCUCUGGUAUUUGUCUGAAGAAGGAGAGGGGUUAACAAAGGCUUUAAUAAACCAGGAGUGAGAUGGAUGAAUGGAAUGGGGAGGAGAGAGAGAGAGAAAUAGAUGAAUUGAUGGAAAGAGGAGAGGUUCCAUGUUUGAGCAGCUGGUAGAGGUGGCUAAUAGUGAAAUAGAGAGAGAGACAAAAAGAGAGAGCGAGAUGGAGAUAGAGACUCGACCAGAGCGUGACUAACCUAACGAUCGAUCACUGAUCAGCCUGUCAAACAGACCAGCAGGCUCUCCAUCUGUAAACAAACCUCUCUUUGUGGGUGUUCACACUCUACAGGGCCAUCGAGAUGUUAGUUUGACCAGCCUAAGGAUCUGUGUAACCUGUUAACAGUCACCAUUGUGUACCUCUCCAAAGUAUACAGUUCUCUUUUUAAAGCACUGGGUGCUUAAAGGUGAUGUGGAAAACCAUGUUUCUCUGUUUCCGGCCUCUAAAGUGCUUUUGUGAGGAGUGGGUCCCAUUUACUAGUUGCUGAGCCUGCAGUUUGUAGCUUUAGCGUGAUGGUGAUGGCACUAGCUAGCUGGAAAAAGCCAGCUAAUACGACAGAGAGAGAGGAACUCCGACCGGCAUGACAUUUAAGAGUGGAUAACUAUAUAUUUUUGUCAUUCCUUCAUUCCGUUACUCAGUUGAUGACUAUUAUCUAUAGGGAACCAGGAGUGGGGAGUAGGGACAGGGAAGUGAGGAUAGGGACAGGGAAGUGAGGAUAGGGACAGGGAAAGGAAGGCUCUUGGAUGGACUAAAGGUUCCAUUGGUCCUGCCUGCUGAUGUUUCAUAGCUGCCACCGUCACGUACACUUCAGCCCAGAUUAGGUUUACACUGCUACUGAUUGGCUAGCACUCUCCUCCCAUGGGGUUUACACCACCGUACCACCGGACGCCUACAGAGUACAGAGUCACUCAGUCAGACAGGUCAAACAGGUCACACCAUCACUGUGAGACUAAAGGUGUGUGUGUGUAUAUGUGUGUGUGUGUGUGUGUGUGUGUGUGUGUGUGUGUGUGUGUGUGUGUGUGUGUGUGUGUGUGUGUGUGUGUGUGUGUGUCUGUGUGUGUGUGUGUACACAUUUUGUUAUACUUGUGAGUACCAGAAGUCCACACAAGAAUAGUAAACCAACUAAAAUUCUGAGAAGUGAGGACAUUAUGCCAGUCCUGUGUAUGUGUGUGUGUGUAUGUGUGUGUGUGUGUGAGUGUGUGUGUGUGUGUGUGUAAGACACAUAUGAACUGACCCUGGGUCUGUGGAUAGUGACAUCAUCACUGACCUUUAUCCAAGACCUGUAAUAAAAGUUGUUCAGAUUACUGAUGGAGUAGAAGAAUGGGCACUAUCCUGUACUGUACACUCAUCUGUCUGUGUCUGUCCUUUCUUGAAGUCAUUUAUUACAUUUAUGUAUUAAUUUAGUUGACAUUUCAUCAACACUCAGUUUGGUGGUACCUCAUUUUGGUGGUAAAAUUGUAGGUUAGAAGAUUGAAUUCCCGUGUUGCUUUUUGCAGCGGUGUUACAAGUCAAAUAUUUAAUGUGGCCAUUAAAAUAAAUGACAUGCUGUCUGGGGCACUGUGUGAGGCGAGUCCAGGCCUCAGUUGGCCCAGUAGGCCUCUCUCCUGGUGAAUCUACAUCACGUACUAAACAAACUGUGAAUAACUAACAACUUAUUGUCUCCAUCCCAGAUUUUCCAAGGGAACACCAACCCUACUGACGUGACCAGGACGAUGCUUCCCAAACCCACUCUCACCCGCUUCGUCCGGGUCCGGCCCGUUGCCUGGGAAACGGGCAUUGCUCUGCGCUUCGAGGUGUACGGCUGUAAGAUAUCAGGUCAGUACCAUAGAGAUCCCAGCGUUUCACACUGUCUGGCACUGGCAGGCCAGACACUACUUAGCGAUGUUAGUUUGCCAUCCAAAUGACAAAACAACAUUCAAAUGCAUGCAAGUCACUGUUGAUGAUAUUUUUUUUUACCCUAUUUUACCUUUUUGGUAAAAUGAGUAAGUGCUAUUUUUGCACAGGGCUCCUUUGGGAUUUGUUUAGGCCUUUCGUCUCAUGUAACCUACCUGGUUGAUAUUUUCCUCCUCUUCUUAGCUGAAAUGGUUUACUAACUCACAGUAGUGAGAGCCCAGUGAGAGAGGGUUUACUCUGAGGCAAGUGCUGACUUCUACAUUAUGAAGGAGAGGCACAUGAAGAUGAUUACGUAUUUAUGUUACCUGAUGUUUGAAUGUACCUCAUUCAAUAUGGAUGACUUCAACAGCAGGCAGGCAGAGCUCUUGGAGCAGGGGGUAGGCAAGCGCCUUCCCCUAGCUGAGUGCUGCUGCUUCUACUGUGUAGACACACACACACACACCACCUCCAUGGCUCUGGUCCACCCGCCUGUCCCUCCUCCCCAACCUCCCUAGCCUCAGUCCCCCGCUGCAGUGAUCCUCGUCAGUGUGAUGUUGGAACCUUUCUACCCACUGCAAGGCUUUGAUUGUGGCUGGGUUCAUAUUGUCACUGCCCAUUUUGUCAACAUGCAUUUAUUUUAUGGGCAUGUGAAAGGCUUUAUGUGUGUGGGGGGUUCUUUUUCAUGUGUGUGCAUUUGUUUGUCUGCAAUUCUGUCUGUGUUCUCUUGCUUUUGAAUGUUUAUUAGUAUUUGUGCUUGUUAGUGUGUCUGAGAGCCUGUGCCUUUUAUGUGUGUGCGUCUCUGUGCAUUUGAGUGUUUGUGCGUGUGUGUCUAUGUGUGUGAAUCUACAUAUAUGUGCAUCUGUGGCAGAGAGGAGGGCAGUGCAGUGCUGGCACACAGCUGGGGAGCGGCAGUGUUUGGGGCGUGCGACCAGACCGCACUGCAGACACACACACACACACACACACACACACACACACACACACACACACACACACACACACACAAAGACCACACUGCAGACACAUCAUAGGAGCAGGGAGCUCCACAGGGCCCCUCUGUGCUGUCAUCAGCCUGUGGCGGGCAUAGCACCACUCUGAUCAUGCUGCCAGCUGGGAUGUUCUGCAGGCACUCAGAGAGCGGGAGAGAGGUCUUGUAAUGCUCAAGUCAGGUUUGAGAGGGUUCCAAAUAUAUAUUCUUAUGCACGUGAUUUCAGAAUUUGCUCGGUAGCUAGAUUUCCAUCCAAUUGGCAACAGAUUUUUAUACAAAUACUCUAGAAUCCGGAUAAAGAAAAUAUGCACAUUUUCCCACCAGUGGUAUGUUUUCACCAAUUGCACUUUUUGCUGAUAAAAAUCAAUGCGUGGUGAUGUAGUGCACACAAAAUUUACUUUUUCGCUUAAGUUUUCAUGUACUGAAUAAAAAUGUAAAGUUCAAUAUAUUUCCAUCCUAUUUUCAACUCUACUGAUAUUUUUGUCACAAUAAACAGUUGCGUUAAAUAGCAAAUGUGCCUACUCUGUUCUUGGCACCUGCACUCUAGCCAACAGCUGGCAGAUACAGUGCGGGUAGGCUGUUCGGGGUCUCUAGUCUACAUGAUGAGGUUAUUAUGGAUAAGAGCGAGAAUAUUUGUAUUUGUCAAACGGUAGUCCAGCAUCGAUCAUCAUGUCACCAGAAUGACACCCUUGAUAUUUAUUGGAAAGUGCACUUUCACCACCCUGUGAAGUUCAUCAUAACUUAUUUAAUCUGUAGCCUUUCCCGAGUCAUAGUGGGGGGACCACACAUCAUAUCAUUGCUUGACUCCAAGUUUACUUCGAUAUGAUGGUUAUUAUAUAAAUAUUUGAGCAUAAAGGCAUUUCCACCGCCAUUUCUCACAUUAUUAAUUAAUUUUAGAGACACAAAAAGAUCCCACAAUGUGGGACAAACAAAUUAUCUGUCGGCAUUUAUAAAAUUGUACCGAAACGUCCUGUUUCCAUCACAGCUGUCGUGACUUUUUUUAUACGGUAUGACUUUACUCGCAAAAAAACUGUGGAUGGAAACAUGGUUAGUGUUCCAAAAUGGGAUUCUUACGCAACAGGACAGUUAACGCGCACUGCCCGUAAAAACCAAGGCACACUGCCUGCUAAUAAUCUAUAGGCUAUCUUUCAACUUGUACAUUUUACAACAGUUUGAAAUUAGGUGCGUUCCUCCUCCUCAUUAAUUCACAUAGAAGUAGCCCAUUUCACUGUGGCGGACAACUUACAUUUGAGGCAUGCUAUGCUGAUGUAAGACAAGGAUUAGCUAGAUGAGGCGGACAAACUUCUCUCUUCAAUGAGAGCUCAAUGGCCCAAGCAUUCCACCAGUGUUUCCUCAGGUCAAGUAUGCAGACAUUUGCACAUCUCCAGUCAGAACAGAACAGAACCUGCCCGAACUUUUUCACCCUGGCUUUAUUGCCUUUAUUGUUGUUUUCCUUACUAGUAAUUACUCUGUGCGUUCGUAUCAAAGUAAGUGCCUUAUUACUUUAUCAUAAUACAGUUUCUGUAUAUUGUGUUAUGUCAUUUCUACUGUAGCUCACCAUAUUUAUGUAUGGAGCAUAAUGUAUUCUGUGUGUAUUCCUUUAUAACCACGGACAAGCAAGGUACUGAUUUCAUAACCUUCAUGGUUAUACUGAAUUGUGCUUAUGUAGUUACAUUUUUCUAUUAGUUCUGUAAAACAAUGCUAAUGCUAAUGGCAUCGAAUAAGUAUUAGCAAAGAUUUUUAUAACUAACCCAAGAUAGACCAGAGCCUGUCGUUUCCAAUGGGAGCAAAUUAAUCAUAGUGGGCAGAACAAGCAAGGAGGUGGGCAGAACAAGUAAGGAGGUGGGCAGAGCCAAGCAUGAGCUAGUAAUAUCCUAUUGGUGCGUUCUAGCAUUUAUUUGAAUAUUUCUGUUAGGGAAUGCCUACCCUGUGAAGUGUGUGCUGUGCAAAAACUUGUGUUGUAUCCUGAAGCUACCCAGGCUGGCCUUAUCAUGACCAUUGCAUUGGCCUGUAUUUGGCCUGCAUAGCUAUGCCCUGCCCCCUUGUGGAGCUCUAAAGUUAUUAUGUUACAUGUCAUAGUGUUUUAUUGCUAUAUCCUGAUAUUGUAUUCUAAUUACUAAUAAUUCCUCUUUAUUCUGUAUUUCAGAAACCACACACACACACAGUAUUGAACAUAACUUGCCAACAUCAUAACAGGAAUUGAACAUAUUUUGUGCUGAAGAUUGUGCCGAGCUUUUGUAUGCUAGCAACAUACUGUUUGGAGUAGGUGUAGGGAGGAUGAGGGAGUGGAGAGGAUGAUGAGGGAGUGGGGAGGUGGGUGAGAUAUUGUCAAUAUAAUUGCAUAAUGGAACUAUAUUUGAUUUGUAUGUGAACUGUAUGUCCAAUUACAAAAAAAAGGGUCUUUGCACUCAAGACUGGGACUCAUCAAAACCAAGAGCAGGGCCAGGAGGGGUGAAAUGUCUGGAGUCCUUCCAGCUACCGCAGACCUACUGUACUUCACCCACUGUUGGUCUGCCUACAUCACCAAAAACAUAAUCAUUGUCAAAAUCUACAAAGAUCUACAGAAUUUCCGCAUUUGUGAGUUGUCUCCUUUUGAAAGACAUUGCUAAUGCUACAGCUUAGCCCACUAGCUACAUAGGCUACAUAAACAACAACAAUGAAUGGAUCCGAGUGUCAGUUGACGGGAUUGGCUGCCGGUGUGGUGAUACUGAUGAUUUGUCUCCACAGAUUGUUUGUUUACAUAGCAGGUUAGGAUAAUUAACGUGGCAGGUUAGGAGAACUAAUGCAGCAGGUUAGGUGAAUUAACAUAGGAGGUUAAGAUAAUGAGGUUAAGGUUAGGAAAAGGGUUAGGCUUAGCUACAAUGCUACAGUUGUCAACAGCUGUUGUCCCCGACGCGACCACGAGAUAGAGCUGUUGUAGGCCUAGCUACUCCAUCUAGCCACAAUGGUGGAAACAUAAACAAUCCAUCUGUGGCAACAAAUCAUCAGUAUCAUAACAAUGGCACUUGUAUCAAUAAAUCACUAUUAGAAAAUGGUUUGUGUGAUAAUCAUUUCUUUAUUUACUGUUUUAUUCACGUUUUCAAGUACUGGUGACAAAUCAUUCAUUCCAAUUCUUGCAUAGAUUGUAAUGGACACGUGUAUUAAAUACUUUUUUGAGGGUUGUACUGAUUAUGAUAAGCUAAGCUAUUUGCCAGCUAUAUGUGGAUCCAUGUUUGUUGACAUCAUUCAAAGCAUUCUGGGUGUCACGUAAACGUCUGUCAGACCAAAGAUGUUAUAGCAAAACGAGGUGAAGGGAUGGUUCACUCAUCUUUCGAGUAAACUUCCAGAAAUGAAUGAUGGGAUGUGAAUGAUGGUAGACGACACACCCCCUUCGCCUUCAACAUGCAUACUGCAAACAAACCCAACUCAUCUUGUCACCUCUUCUUAUCUUUGGUUGACAAAGAAAAACGAACAUGGCGGCAUGCACAAACUAACCACCGUCGGUUUACUUUCGAAUUUUAGAAAGUGUUUUACUCAAUUAUUUCGACCACUGGUGCACCUGUGAUGUGAUGAACUGUAAAUAGUAAUUAAGCAAUAAGGUACAAGAGGCAGUGCUGUAUCAUGAAUACAGUUACAGGUAAAUGGAGUUCUUCGUCAACCCAUUUACCAGUGACUGUAUUCAUGAUACAGCACUGCCUCGCGUGCAUUAUUGCUUUUAUAAAACUGUUACCAACAUAUCAAAAUAAAGUUUUAAUGAAAAUGUGUAAUAAUUGUUAUUUAAUAAGUCAAUUUAUACAAUUUCAUUCUUCUACCAGAAGACAUAAAAAUCUGGUUAUUAGUUCUUAAAAAAUGGUUGCUAUGCAGCUUAGAUAAGGUUCUUAUCACAUGCUAGCUAGCUAGCCAACUGCAGUUAACAUUGAACCUGGAAUAACAGUACACAAGCUGCAUUUACUUUGUUUGAGCUUUUUUCUAUUGGCAUUUACUUGGAUAUGUCCAUGAUAAUGACGUUGAUGCGUGAUUUCGAAUGGCUCAGAAAAUGUUGUCUCUUCUCGUCUGGGCACUGUUCACUCUGAUACUACAGAGAUCGAAAUUAAAAGGUGAAACAGGCUUAUAACCCCCGCUGUACCAAACUAAAUGCUCGGCUGGAAGCAAGGGGAAAAUAAUGUGCAAGUUGAGAUAAAUAUAAGAGAUGAUUCGGACAGCAACAUGAACAUGAUAUUCUUAUGGAGGCGCAGUGAUAAUUUUCAGAUUAGCAGGCAUACAGUAGGUGUGUCUGUAAGGGCCAAUACAGCACGGCAUGGAACGCUGCUCAUCCAAUCAGCAUCCAGGAUCCAAACAACCAGUCUUAUAAUUAAGUGAUAAUGCCAGAGAAGCCGAUGUUUGGAGGAUAUAUUGGCACGGGUGUUGUUAGGUGAUCCGAGGGCAUUAUCACUUUAUACAAAGGGUUACCAACAUAUUGAAAUCAUAAUUGACAUAUUUUCAUUAAAAACUUUAUUUUGAAUUAUUUAUUCAUACUAUUAUUUCAUCCUUCCACAAGAUAUAGUCCUGACACAAAUCUAGGUUUGCUACCCAAGCCGGCUGGUCCUUCGUUCUAUCGGUUCGGUUGCUAGAGACGCGACCUAGUCGUUCAGUCUUUUUGUUCUGUAUCUAAGUGUUCCAUACUGGCUGGCAACGCUCUUAUCCUUUGCUUGCUAGCUAGCCAACUACGGCUAAUUUACAGUUAAGCUGUUUUCUAGAGACAUUUAUAUGGACACAUCCAUAACAAUGAGCUAAUGAGGCGCGAUUUCGCCUGGCAUAGAAAAUGUGCUCACUCGUCAGGAAACUGAUGAGGAGCUAGCCAACAACACUUCAAACUGAAGCUGGAAAGAAGGCAAACUAGCUGCACUUCGUUUCGUUUUACCUUUUUUCAAUUGACAUUUUCUUUGUAUAUAUCCAUAAAAAUGAUGCCAGCUGAUUCAUGAUUUAGACUGGUUGAGAAACGUUGCCUGCCUGUAUGACUCGUCCCGACUCCCGACACGUUUAUUAAUAAGGGACAGCUGGAGAUUGAAUUUGAAUAUUGAAACAAUGUUGCAAAUGUUGGAGAGACUAAAUGUUAGUCUAAAAGAAAUGUGAGAUAAUGUCUAGAUGCUUUUUAUAGUGGAGAUCAAGUUUAUAAAUUGCUUGACAGAGCUGAUGAGACAGUGGAUUGCUCAGUCAGAUGGAACAGAGUAAAUAGUCAUUUUAACGUCAUAGAUUUAGCCAGUGGUAACAUGUGGAAUAGACACCGGCCGGAAUGCGGUUUUAACCAAUCAGCAUUCAGGAUUAGACCCACCCGUUGCAUAAUUACUAUUAGCUGAGAGUUGGCUAAAUAUAACCGCUUGUGUUAGCUCACCCUUUACUCAGUUAGCGCUAGGACUAAUGUAGCCUACAUUUUCCGGUUUGGAUGACGAUAGUUAUGCUGUUGCUACUUCUGUGACUGUCUGAACAUUGCAUCCAGAAAUAAACUAUUCACAUUGAGGACAUAACCUUGUAAAGACUGUGUUUGUGCAAAAUGUUUCUGUGAAAAAACUGUGGCCAGCUCAAACGCUGACUGUUGCGUCAAUCGUAACUAGAUGUUCUAAUGAAGUGUUCUAAAUACACCGGUUUGAGCAUAUGCUGCAGGGACCACUGUAGAAUGAUCACACCCACGUGUUCAUAAGGGUCAAAGGGGUUUUAAGGCUGUUUUCAGCUUUCAGUCCUACUGCUCCACUUGGCAAUCCUAUAACCAAAUACAUUCAGAGAGAAUCAUCAUUUAAUGAGAUUACUGACAGUAUACAAAUGCUUUUCAUGAGAUACCAAAGUGGUCCAUUCUAAGCCCACAGAAAAACAGGGCCUUCAGGCUGUGUCUAAUCACAUCUGGUCUUUGCACAUGUGAGAUGUGCUCUGCGGUCAGAGAUACACAGCUACUUAUUAAUACCUUAACCUCAUCCCUGCUGACUGCUGACUCUCUGCUGUUCUGUUGGUAAAUCAGCCCAUGUGUGUGUUUAGCCACAGAAUUCUCCACCCAAACCCUGGGUUACCCUGCCCAGACAUGUCCCUUGCAGUGGCGUUCCACCACACACACACAUAUACACGGUCGGUGUGUCCGCCAUGCGUGCCGUCCCAAACAAUCUCCAACAAGACAGCUGAGGUGCAUUAACAGCUCAUGAGAACAGUUUGGGUGGCUCUGAUCACCCAAACUUCCCAACCCCCUGGAACCCCCCUCUAACUCUGUCUUAUCCAUCCACUUCAAAGAGCAAGAGUGCGAGCCACCGCAGUGGAGUGCCUUAGCCUCCCUCUGACAUGGCACUAUCAGAGAUCACACUCACAGGGCUCUUGGCAGGUGACGAAAGGGAACCCUCAAACGGAUGACAAAUCUCCCAAUGAGCGUUUGGACCUGUCUUGAGGAACCAUGGAGUUCUCUCUGAUUUGAUUUGGACUAGUUUAUUCUCUGAUUCGAACAGGAACUGCAUUAGAUAACUAUAACGACAGAGACAGGACUGAAAUUAAGCCUUUUUCUGAUGAGUUGGCAGAGUUACACUGAGUUUGAUACAGAUGCAGACUUUCCAAUAAUGUAUCUGCUUUUAUCCCUCUCCCUGGGAGCAGAUUGUAAAGAUGAUAUUGGUUACUGCAGGUCACUGCAGACUCAGACGCUUUUGAUCAAGUGGAAGGAAAUAGAAGAGACGGCCAGCCAGGAGACAGACAAGACAGCCAGCAUGUGCGUGUGUGGGUUCAUUGAGGGAACAUUUCUGCGAGCAAACGAAACGGUAAAAUCGGUACUGGCAGCAUGCAGUUAGGGCAUAAGAAACAUAGAAUUAAAGGUAGAAUGCACAAGGUUCUCAAGGGGGUGAAAAUGAACUAGCGCAGAUUCAGGAUGAAAGCAAUGAGAACACAGGGCUAAAUGAGAGCGGAGGUAUAGAAAGACAAAAGGAAAGGGGAGAUAACGGGGAUAGAGGGAGGGAGGGGGUUAGAGAUGAAAGAAAAUCUCUCCCAGAAUGCAUAGGUGUAGAAACUAACGCCGAAGGAGAGGAUUGUUUUAAUUGGCUGCCGGGAGACAAUCACUGCAGGCGGAGAGAUUAGUAUGCAAGACGUCAGGAGAGAGGUAGAGUGUGUGAGAGAGAGAGAGAGAGAGAGAGAGAGAGAGAGAGAGAGAGAGAGAGAGAGAGAGAGAGAGAGAGAGAGAGGGGGUGUGGGAGAGGGAGAGAGAGAGAGAGAAGUGGCUAAAGAGGUGGAGGCAUCACAGAAACUGUUUCUCACACCAUCCCUACUCAUCAGUAUAACUCACUGUCUCAAUCAUUCCCCUCAUCCCUAUCUUUCCCUCCAUAAACACAUAAACCAUGAAGAACAACCUUCUCUGGCUGCUGAUACAAAUAAUUUAUUGGUUCUCUCUCAAAUCACCUCUUGCUCAAUUAAAGACUUCUGCUAACUCCUCUCUCUCCCUCUCACUCUCACACUCUCAGAGUACCCAUGUUCGGGCAUUCUUGGCAUGGUGUCAGGUCUGAUCACAGAUGCCCAGAUCACAGCUUCGUCCCACACUGACCGGAGCUGGGUACCUGAGAACGCCCGCCUGCUGACCAGCCGCUCCGGGUGGACCCUGCUGCCCCAGCCCCAGCCCUUCACCUCAGAGUGGCUACAGGUUAGAUCACCUACAAUAAUAUACUUUUCUUAUGUUUUUAAUCUCUUUGUAAUUGGAGAAUGGUUUGAUGGUUAUGAUAUAUUGGUUCAUAUACAGUAACAUAUCACAAGAAAUGUCCGUUUUCUGAGAAUAUAUUCUGCAUCCACGUACAAAGAAUUUGGCCAGAAUUAUGAUGACAUUACAAAUAAACAGUUUGGUAAUGCUUUACUUAAGGCAUACAGGUAUAAUGCAUUAUGAUUAUGUCAUAAUGCGUUAUAAGACUUGUCAUGCAUAUCUAUGAACUGCUUAUAAGGCAUUUAAUCUCCAUUCAUCUGCAGGUGGAUCUGGGGGAGGAGAAGCUGGUGAGAGGACUCAUUAUCCAGGGAGGGAAACACAGAGAGAACAAGGUGUUCAUGAAGAAGUUCAGACUGGGAUACAGUAACAAUGGAUCUGAUUGGAAGAUGGUCCAGGACGCUAAUGGCAACAAGCCAAAGGUGAGAGGAAGGACGGUUUUGAUUGGUUGUUUGUUUGUUUGUUGUGUUUACCAUGUUGAGGAGUUGACAAAAAAUAGGGGUUGGUUGACUAACUAAUGGAAAAUGAUCUUCAUAUUUUCAACUGAAAACCAUCCACAGAGAUACAGUGACAUUGAUACAGGUAAUAAUCCAUUAAUUAAGUUUUCACACAAUCCCUGUCCUGUUGCCGUUGAAUCAUUUACGGAGUCCAUUUGGGUAGUACUCUAUAGCACAUUAGUAUAACCAUCUGUAAUGCUUCUCCUAGUGCUACUGCUGCCUAGCGUCCUUCCUCUUAAUAUUCUACUGGUGUUGCUCAAGCCUUUCAGUGGAGUUCUGCUCUUCUCAAGAGAGAGGAGAGGUGAGAAGAGGCAGCAGAGCUGAGAGAGAGCAUCUGACACGCAGAAACGACCCCAGAUGUAUCUGCCGGCGUCGAUAUGCUUUGACCGUGUCACACACACACAUACCUUUCCAGGAAGUACCACUACAGCCCGUCCUCAAUUACAACCUCCUUCGACAGGAUAUAAAUGUGUUCCAGAUGGCCUGAUGGUUGAUUUAUGAAGGAGUGAGAGGCUCGAUAUCCACCAGUCCUACAUAUCCCUCCUUUCUCUUCCUCUCUCUUUCCGUCUCUCCCUUUUUCCCUAAGAACCUCUGAGCAUCAAAGACAGACAAGACUUGUUUCUGUGUUAACGGCCAUUAAUCCACUGCAUUCCAUCACUCUCCUCUCCUAUACUGUCCUCUCCUCUAUGUCUACCUCUGUUAUUCCCAAAGAGAAUCCCCCUUUCUUUCAGAAGACAACUUCAGAGGCUGAGCAGAGAGAGACAGCAUCAACCCUCUCCUUUCCUCUAUUGUACCUCUUCUCUACGUUAUUACCAAAGAAAGGGCCCCAAGCCUCUCACUUUCUCUUUACUCUAAGUAGAGAACUUCAGAGGCUGAGCAGAGAGCUAAGUCUGUCUUUGACUGCUGUGUCCUGCUGGGCGUCUGGUGCUAGUUGUAGCCACCGGGCUCUUGUUUGCAGUCCCACUGACAGCACUUUAGAUGUCAGCCAGAAAAAUCUGGUCAAUGUUCCAUUGUUUUCUCCCCCCUCUCAGCCUUGCUCAAGCCCUGCUCCUUUUCAGAAGGAAGAAAUAAGCAUGCUUUUGUGCCUCUGUGAUAGGAGAGAGAUAUCAGACAGAGCAAUGACAUUAUCAGACAGUAAUAUUGCGCUCUCUCUCUCUGUAUCUCUCUUUUUUUAUCUCUCUGUAUCUCUCUCUGAAUGUAUCUGUCUCGCUCUAUAUCUCUCUUGCUUUGUAUGUACAAUAGCUAAAUGGUGCCAAUAAAGGGUUAUAAAAAUAACAAUACAUCUCUCUACCUCUCUCUACAUCUGUUUCUCUCUCUCUCUGUCUCCCUCUCUCUCCACAGAUUUUCGAGGGGAAUCAGAACUACGAUACACCAGAGCUGAGGACUGUGGAGCCCUUGCUGACCCGCUAUGUCAGGGUCUACCCAGAGAGGUCCACCGCUGCUGGGAUGGGCCUGCGACUCGAGCUCCUGGGCUGUGAGAUCGAAGGUAAGCCUCAAAUGGAAUCCUACACACACACACACAUUUUAAUUGUAGGCACACACACACACAGUACAUCUUCUAUCAUCCGUGUGAUGACAGUUUUAGAGCUGAAUGCAUGGUGUUUGUCGAGGUGGGGGUAUUUAAAGAAGCUUCUGAUUAUUCCCCCUGUGGAGUCAACAGCUGUCCUAGGCCCACUAGGCACCACUAUCUCCCUGAGAGGACAGUUGUCUUGUCUCCAUGCAUGCUGCAUCAAAGCUUUUCCUGAAGCAAGACCACUCAUGCACAUUACACAUGGGAUCAAAUGAAACCCCACCUGGCCUGAGGAUUACUGCAAGCCCCUUCUAGUCCCUGUUCCAUCCUUUCUCUGGGGCCUCUCUCACACCCUUCGCUCUCUCCCUCUCCCCCUUUCUCUCCCUCUCUCUCGCUUUCUACCUCUUCUUUCUCUCCCCUUCUCCCCCUCUCUCUCUUUCCCUCUCCAACUCUCCUCUCAUCUCCUUUUCUCUAUCCCUCUCCUCUCUCCCCCCUCUCUCUGAAAGCUCAUUUAGACUAGAACCAGCUCAGCUAUGAGAACAUGCUCUGCCAGGCCUAAGUGGAUUUACAUAUUGGAUUUCAGGGAGGCUGUAGCGAGCGCAGCCCUGUGUAAGACAUGGAGUCCCACCGGGGGCCUUAGAAAGGAUGAUAAUGCUUGUUUUCACUGUUAAUGCCACCACACACUCAAACACACACACAUAUGUUCUCCCUCUCACACACACACUAGCGAUGCGCGGGUUGACUUAUAACCCUCAGUCCCCGCUGUUAUAUCCGCGGGGCGGACAGGUUUAGGGUCAUUAAAUAUUGUGUGGCUGAAGGGUGGGUGGGUGGGUGACGGGCAUGUUGAAGAAAGAGAAAACAAUACCUUAAAAAAUCCAUGUGCAAUUUAUAUAGGCUACAUUUAGGUUUUUCUUUCAUUAUUUUAGGCUGCGAAAGGAGAGUUAAAAAAAUAAAGAGAUGGGAAGGCCAGAAAAGUAAUGUUUGGAAAAGAUUUGGUGAAGGGGUAAAAGAGGAUGAUAGCAGUGCCAGCUAUGUUAUGUGUGAUGAUUGUGAGGUGCUUUACCAGUUGGACAGUCACAAGACAGGACUUCAAAUAGGCCUAUGGCAUGUCAAGGGAACUGUAGCCUACUGUUUAGAUGGGUUAAAUGGAAACUGAAAUCUGGACACUGACUGUAGGUCUAUAACCUCUCACAUAGCCAUCAUAUUAACUCCUGCAGAAUUAAGCAUUUCUUGCAGUAAAAUGAUAGGCAAAAUUUGGAUUUUAGAACAGAAAUAUGAUUGAUUUAUUUCUGCAUCUUGAGAGAAUGCAAUGCUCAGUUAGAUACCAUCUGUAGAGGUGCUGUCUUCAUCAUAAAAGCAUCAUAAAAGCUGGUAGUAUUUCAACCACAUAAAAAUGCAUCGAAGCCGAACUGAAAUCUUAUCAGAAACAUUUUGGGUCAUUUUCACCGCCUUUUCCCCUUACAACCGAUCAAACUGAUGUCAUUUGGACAUUUUGCACAGAAAAUCUUUUUUUUCCGUUAUUGGGUUGUCUUCCCAGUCCUAAAUGUUUUUGCUCCACGAAAGAUGACAGAGAGAACUUUACCGAUGUCAACUAGACUGAAGCAUUCAAUUCUAUAGAUCUAUGACAUCAUUCUGGUGAGUAAGGGUUUAUUUAGUCUUCUAGGGCAACAUAUAAUUACAGAAUAGAAGCUUCAUGUAUCUAAUUAUUGACAAGUUGACUAACAAAUAGCCUACCAAAAGGUCGGAAAUUAUAAGCAGAAACAUAUCUAAAUCAGGCCAAAAAAAUUCCCGCACCCCCUGUCAGAAAAUCGUUCUGCCGACUUUGACUGUAGCCUAUGGAGCAUUUUCUAUAUUUGCGAGUUAGGGUUGGGUGCGGGCCUCAGUUUUUCACUUUAUCACACAUAGUCGGGCGGUUGCGGAUGGGUUAUUAGCAAUUGCGGGCGGGUGAACAAACAGCUGACCUGCGCACCACUAACCCCAGGGAGUAAAGCUAAAUCCAUAUUUUUCUCUGGAAGUGUCCAACUAGAACACUGAACCUGUCAAUGACCUCUUCACCCUGAGUCUGACAGAGGUUGAUGUUACUCAUAAUUCAUCUAGCAGAGGGCGAGGGGAAUUCUAGAUUACACAUGCACUGUUUCCUCUCCCUCUCUCUCUCCUUCGGCCUCUCUGCCUCUCGCUCGCUCUCUCUCUCACUCUCGCUCCCUCCUUCCCUCCCUCCCUCCCUCUGUCCAGGGGAAGCCCGCUCAUUACUCUGUCAGGGUAAACACAUCCAGGCUGUGUGUUAGCGGAACGUGGAACAGAGUUGGGGCCGUGCCCACAUCCAACAAGGCCAGCGGGCCCUAAUGAUAGGCCAGGGUGGGGCCCAGCCUUCAGCCCAAUCCCAGGCCCUAUGCAUCUCAUAUCCAGCCUAAACCCAAACUGUGUCCCAAAUGGCACUCUAUUCCCUACAAAGUUCACUACUUUUGAUGAGAGCCCUAUUGGCCCUGGUCAAAAGUAUUGCACGACAGAGGGAAUAAGGUACCAUUUGGGACACACACCUAAACCUAAAGCCUCAGCAUCCACCAUGCACCAUCCAACAUAUCUAUUUAUACCUCCCUCUGCAUCCUUAUGAAAGGAGGGCUGUUAAUAACCCAGUGAUUGAAACCCAGUAUGUGUUUGUAUAUGUGUGUGUAUGUGCGUGUGAGUGUGGUACCGCAAACCAUACAAAGGAGCAGCUGAAUGCAAGUUUAACAUGUGUCCUCUCUCUCACUCUCUUGCCCUCUCUCUCUCUCUCUCUCUUUCUCUCUCUCUCUCUCUCUCCUCCGCAGCUCCCACUCCCCUCCCCACCAUGCUGGCAUCCACCACUCUGUCAGACGAGUGUGAUGAUGACCAGGCCAGCUGCCACAGUGGAACAGGUGAUGACUACGAUGUGACAGGUGCUAACAUCACUCUCAUGAGACUGCUAUCGCCCCUACCUCUCUGCCCCUACUCUCGCUAUAUACUGUACUAACCCAGCAUACACACAUAUUCACACACACAGGCAGACAGACAGACAGCCGUGUUCUCUUUCUAGCCUGACCUCUUUCCCCACUAACCUAAUUAUAACCUGCCUUACUGCCCCUGCCUUCAACCUUGCUAUACCUUGCUGUUCCUUAUGGAUACGUCCUAAAUUCCACCCUAUUCCCUUCAUAGUGCACUUCAUUUGGCCAGGGCCCCUAGGGCUGUGGUUAAAAGUAGGUCAAUAUAUAGGGAAUAGGGUGCCAUUUGGGACUUAGCCGUAGAGUUAUCUUUAUGGCUAUUCCUCCCUCCUAACCCUAUUUUAAAGCAGCAGUCUCCAGCGAUCAGUGAUGUGCAUGGCACUCUGCAUCACUCUGGUUCUCUCCCUCCUGGCCCUAUACUGUAUGUAGUGAAAGAGGGAGUGUGGAAGUGUUUGGUAUGAGUUAAGAGAGAUAGAAUGAGAGGGGGCAUCCGUUUGAACCAGAAUAAACGAGGAGGAUGCUAAUGUGUAGGAUGCUUCUCUUUCUGUCAGCAAGGCUCCUUUUUAAGUAUAGCCUUAACACAGACGAGUGUCCGCCAGAGGGAAGCUAUCUAAGCUAACUGAGGUACAUUGUGUUCUUAGCUAGAGGAAGCUAGGCUAACUGUGCUACACUGUUAUGUGUUAUUAGCAUCCUCCUCCUAACUCAGUUUGUAGAGCAUGGCGCUUGUAACAAAAGGGUAGUGGGUUUGAUUCCCGGGACCAUCCAUACGUAAAAUGUAUGCAUGACUGUAAGUCGCUUUGGAUAAAAGCGUCUGCUAAAUGGCAUAUAUAUACAGUAUAUUUAACGCUGUUAUGUGUUAUGGCGAGGCUAACUGUGCUGCCACUGUAUUGUUGUUCUGACAGGUGGAACCACAGUGCCAGAGGGCAAGACAGAGGUGGACACCAUCCCAGGUUAGGAUCCAUUGUAUUAUCAAUGUACUGUAUAGACUCUUGUGACUGUUUGUGUUUGAGUGGCUUUGAAUGCAUGUGUGCGCCUGUGAGGUGAAUUUGUGUGUGGGUGGAUACCAUUUAAGAAAAAUGUGUUCUCUAGUAUUCCUCAGAUGUGAACUGUGGGGCUGCUCAUUUUACGGGGAGCUUGUCAGUAUCCCUGCUUCAGUCCUCCCUAGAAUGGAAAAAACUAAAAGCCCUCUUAACUGGGAAUGGAAUUUCUUCACAAAAUGUUUCUGUGUGCCUGAAAUGUGGUUCCACAUGAGAAUUCCAUCCUUUGUGUUUAAUGGGUAAAUAUAUUCUGGUGCCUGCAGAAACUAGUUAAAACCCAGAGAUUAUUAGGGAAUAUUGGCUCACAUUUUUUAUCCUUUGGUGAGCUGGGGCCUUAGUGCUCAACGCACACAGACACACAGGUUUUCUGAGGCAUAGCUGACAUCCUAAACAUAUCUCUGUUGUGCUGCUUCUUUGGAAGUCUCUUUCUUUAUCCAAUUUGAUAAGAAAGCAAGGCUCCCCAUCGCCCCGCUCUCACACGUGUGUGUGUGUGUGUGUGUGUAUGUGUGUGUGUGUGUGUGUGUGUGUGUGUGUGUGUGUGUGUGUGUGUGUGUGUGUGUGUGUGUGUGUGUGUGUGUGUGUGUGUGUGUGUGUGUGUGUGUGUGUGUCCAUAGAGGGAUUGUGUGUCAGGAAUGCGAGUCCUUUCUAUUAGCCAUAUCUGCCUUUAGAGUCCAACAGGGCUCUGCUCUGCUCAUUAUAAAGACCUCACACUGGGCACACACUGGUUGAAUCAAUGUUGUUUCCACAUCAUUUCAAUGGAAUUACGUUGAACCAAAGUAGAACAGACAUUGAAUUGACGUCUGUGCCCAAUGGGCUCUGUCUCAGUAGGCUGCUGUGAAGGAAAACACACACACAAUCUCUCUCUCUCUCUCUCCGUCUCUCUCCUCUCGCCUGCUAUGUAGCCCUUUACUGUCAUUGUACACUUUAUUUUAUGAACCCAUAUCACGUUCACAGGCCCUUUUAUUAAAAUAGAUCAUUAACUGGAUUUAUUCAACAUCUCACUCCUUGCAAAGUCUGCAUUGAGUCUCUUCACUAUCCCCCUCCUACCACCACCACCCUAUUCUGUCAAGAAUUUACCAUCCUCUAAUUCUCUCUCCCUUUCUCUGUCAUUGUUUUUUGUAUCUACCCUUUCCUCUGAGAUUUGAGUUUCACAGUUCUCUGCUACCCUCUAGUGGUUUACCUAAAUAAUCCACCUCCACAAGACUCACUGAAUCUAGUCUACUGGACCCUCAGCUCAUCACAAAUACUCUCGGAGUAUAUCUCCCAGUACCAUGUUGAAACAAUGGUCUAUUUCAACCAGUCUGUGUUCUUACCCUGACCCCUGUCACACCACAGAAUUAAAUAGAAUCUCCAUUUAAAAAAAUGUUUUUGUCCAGGACAAGGCUUUAUCUGUGUCCAGGAAACCGCCCCUAUUUAUAUGUAUCUUUAUGAGACACACUGACCUGUGAUCUGUCCCCCUGUCUGCAGCGUUCCUGUGGUUUGCGUGUGACUUUGGCUGGGCCAACGACCCCUCGUUCUGCGACUGGACCUCAGAGGACAGCGUCUUCAGAUGGCAGAUACAGUCCAGCGGCACGCCCACGCUCAACACCGGACCCAACAUGGACCACACAGGUACAGACACAACAGCAACAACAACAGAAGCUAAUGAUAACAGUAUACGUCAUUUAUGUCCAGUGUACAAACUGUCAAAACCAAGGGUUGUCACUAGAUGAUUUGUUUCCCCACCACUAUUUUAGCUGAAGAGUGAUGUCAUCACCUACCCCUUUUCUCAUUGGCUAUUCCAACUUUAUAAUUUCCCUCUUCAGGCGGAUCCGGUAACUUCAUCUACACCCUAGCGACGGGCGCCCAGGAAACUGAGGUUGCUAGGCUGGUCAGUCCGGUGGUGACAGCCGGUCAGUCUGACUUGUGCGUGUCGUUCUGGUACCACAUGUUCGGCUCGCACAUUGGCACGCUGCACAUCAAACAAAGGAAGGAGACGGUCGACGGCAUGGCUGACAUACUGCUGUGGACCGUCAGCGGUCACCAGGGCAACCGCUGGAGAGAGGGACGCGUGCUGGUGCCGCACUCCAGUAAACCCUAUCAGGUAUGGUAUGGAGAGAGAGUCUCCAUACACUGAACUAUAAGCUUGGACAGAUCAAUGUAGUAUCAUAUACAUUACAACUAUGUUUGACGUGUAUAAAUACAACAUGUUUGAAUUGCAGGGCCAGUUUUGUUUGAUUCGUUUUGUUUGAUUAGUGCUACUUAGUGAUUGGCGAGGUGAUAAAGUUAGAAUUGUGAAAUGAGUUGCUGAGAGGUUGUUCUAGGCUUGUUAAAAGGUUGUUAAAUACAGGUAAAAAAUCAUAAUAACUGUUCUCUCUCUCCCAGGUGGUGAUUGAAGGGUUGGUGGAGAGAAAGAGUUGGGGUGACAUUGCUGUGGAUGAUAUCAAGAUCCUGGACAAUCUGAACAUGGCUGACUGCAAGGGUAAGUGUCACUUUGCUACAUUGAUCUUUCGAGCUGGAUUUGAACCAGUGACCUAAGGACACCAGUGUGUACAGGCCUGACAUUUAGGGAUGGUUUCCCAGACACAGAUUAAGCGACGUCCUGGACAAAAAAUCUAACUCAAUGGAGAUUCGCCAUUGAAAGUGUUUCUUUGUCCAGGAUUAGGCUUAAUCUGUGUCCGGAUAAUUGGCCCUCUAUGUCAUGUUCAAUGUAAAGAGUGAGCUGAUUUUUCUACUAUUGUGCUGUAGGGAAGGACUUUUGUAACUGACUCGUCCUGUCAUUUUCAAUAGAUCCUGAUGUUCCCACAGAGACCAUGCUGCCUGAAGACCGAUUUAAUGAAAUCAGUAUGUCACCAUAUUACAUAUUAAUACAAAACGUCUAUGGGGUUGAGUGUUGUAAAACAGAGUAACAUACUUAUGAUGAAAUGUAUUACCAAUACAGUAGAUUUCACUAAUACGUCCAUCUGCACACCCUCUACCUCUCUCUCUCUCUCUACUCUGUAACACAAAGGUUAGGGAUUCAGUGUUGGAAAAAUAAUAACAAGCAUUGUCCAAACAUAUGCAACAGCUAUCUACAAAGCUGUAGAUUUCCCUGAAUAGUGCGAUGGUUGAAAAUCAGAUUAAUGUUGUCCAUAUAGCUCACAUAACGCAUGUCUACUCACCCUCUUCUUCUUCUCUCCUGUAGUUGUGGACAUCACAGACCUCCCUGACAUCAUGGAGAACAAUGAGAUCCUCAAUGGUGUCAGUGGCGGGGCAGGCAACAUGCUGCAGACACUGGACCCCAUCCUCAUCACCAUUAUCGCUAUGAGUGCCCUGGGGGUCUUCCUGGGGGCCAUCUGUGGGGUAGUCCUCUACUGUGCCUGCUCACAUGGCCACAUGUCCAACAGGAACUUAUCCGCUCUGGAGAACUAUAACUUUGAGCUUGUGGACGGAGUCAAGCUAAAGAAGGACAAACUCAACUCACAGAACUCAUACACAGAGGCAUGA